UUCUUUAAAAAAUUUAAUAUCUUCGUACAUCAUUCAAAUAAAUAUAUAAUAUUAACUAUUAAUUCUUGUAGUAAUAAUAAUAUGAAGUUAUAAAUUAUUUUAUAAUUUAUUGCUUUUUUUGUAAUUAUGAAAUUAUUAAAUAUAAUUUAUAUACCGGUUUUUUUGACCUCAAAAAUUGUAUAUAUGAAACUAAUCACCUUAAAGUUGAAUAUACUGGUACAACAACAACUAACACAAUUUACAUGUAAAAAAGUGAUGGAGACAAAAAGACGUCAAUAAUAUUUUUCAAGUAGAAAAACUGUUUGAUAAGAUAUCGAAUUAUGUAUUGUUUUAUCAUUAUCUGCGGUUAAAUGCAUUGUGUUAAUAAUUAUAUGCAUCAUAAAAAUCCCGUAAGGUCUAAACAUAUGUCUAGAAAUAAUGGUGACGUAAUAUCGAUUAUGAUACCAGAAGAUCCAGACAGUAAUUUAAAUAUUGAUCAAUUGACAUUGGACUUUAGACGUCAACUUGAACUAAUCAAACAACAACGACGCAUUAAUAAAUUUGAAAAUCACUAUUUAAUUAAUACGAAAAAUGAUAUUUCAUCGGUUUCAAAAUCAAAAAAUUCUUUUAAAAAUAAUCGGAAGAAAUUAAAUAAUUGGAAGAUUAUAAAAAAUGAAACUGUCAACCACCGACGGUUUGGAAAAAAUUUUGGAAAAAGUAAGAAACAAAUAAAAUAUCGUAGCAAUAUUGAAAAACGCUUGCAAUCGAAAAAUCAAUAUAAUUUUUCAAAAAAUAAAAAAAAUCAAUGGAAAGACGUAAAUGACGUAAAGUGUAAUAAAAUAAAAUCGUUAUGCAAAAAUAAAUUUUCAAAUAACUUUCAUAAAGAAAGUAAAAGUUCAUUUGAUGUUAUCAAUUCUGAAAAAGGUAAAGUAAUUAAUGAAAAUCGGUUUGCAAUUAAUAAUAAUCGUAAAGAAAAAUUACAAAGAACUACAGAAAGUUCUAUUAGGAAAAGUAAAGUCAAUGAUUAUAUUAUUCCAAACACAAAAAAUGUAGGCUUUGAUACUUUGCCAAAGGAUAAUUCAAUUCCUGAUUGUUCUCAACAAAUAGAUAAAAAUGGUCAAGAAUAUUUAUUAUGUUUUAAUGGAUCAGCAAUAAAUUUACCUGAAAAAACUGUAAAGACUGUGGAAAAUAUAAAUUAUUUUAAUAAUAAUAAAGAAGAAAGUGUAAAUAAUGAUAAUUCAUCGGUGGAUAAUAUAAACUCAAAUCGAAAAGUUUAUCCGAUAAAUAUACAAGUAAAUGAUUACAAGGAAAUUGAAAAAAUUCUUCAGAAUCCUGAGGUCGCAAUGAAGCAUAUUAAUCCGGUGGACUUUGAAAAAAAUAAAAAAGUUAAUUUAAAUGAUAUCAAUAAUAAAAAAAGUCGAGAUACGCAAUCGAAUCAUAAUUCAGAAAAUAACUUGAUAAUAAAGCCAUAUCAUGACGAUCGGCAAGUAAAGAUCUCAAACGAUUAUUCUGAAAGUCUGCUGAGUAAUUAUGAAUUAAAUGAUAAAAGUCGAUAUGAUUCAUUGAAUAAUGAAGAACAAUCCUCUAGAGAUUUAAGUCAAUCUAAUUAUCAAAGUAAAUCGCAAGAUAUUUAUAAAAUUUCACCCCAAUUAUAUUUUGAUAGUGAAAAUUUACCGAUAAGAAUUAAAAGAUCUACGAUCAAUAAUUCAUUAUCUAAACCAUAUAAAACUCAUGUACAACAGCCAGGAGAAAAAUUAAAUAAACAUAAAUUAGCCGUAAAAAAAAAACUUGAAUUCUUGAAAAAAAAAUUAAUGAAAAAAAAAAGUUUUCAAGGACUAAAAAAAAAUUACGAUAGUAAGAAUAGAAAAAUGAUUGAAAAAAAUAAAUAA